AUGGGCGGAAACAAUCCCACGCAAGAAUUCACGCAAAUGGCAUGCCACAAGUAUGGAUGGAGUGCUCGCUUUGCCAAGGAAUCCGUGGAGGAUGGCCGCGACGACAAGACGCUGUGGGUGGCCCAUGUGAUCGUCGGACUUCACGAUGAGCGAAGGUUUGUUUCCGACGAUCAUGAGAGCCCGGACGACACACCCGUAGGAACCAAAAAGGGGAUUGCUUCGGCGUCUAGGGCUGCUCUAGAGGGACUCGCCCAAGAACUGGCAGUGCGAGGUUCCAUGCCGCGCAUGGAAUUGACCCAAGUAUUCCCACUCUAUCCUCCCGCUGCUGCCGGCCAAAACCAGCGCCACCACCAAAAACCCCGCUUUUUCAUCAAGGGAUCGUCACAACGAAACUGGGAUGAAUUCAUUUGGAAAAAGCAGCCACAACCAAAGAUAGUGGGUGUUGAUUGCGAAGGCAAUCAGAGCUACCCACCUGUUUUAGUACAAGUAGCGACAGAUGACUGUGUCAUUCUCGAAAUCACAUCCAUGAAUGGCAAUCAGCUUUCCCACAAUAUGCAGCGUUUGCUAGCCGACAAUUCCAUACGCAAAGUGUUUUGUGACAAUUUCUCUCAUCACGAUAAAAAGUCAUUGGGACUACUACAUGCACACAAUGACAAUACGAAUAACAACAAGGACUAUUCUACCGGCCCCAUUGUGGAUCUAGAAGUCUUGGCGUCGCACCCAUUAGGACCUGUCAAAGUGCCAAGAGGACUCUCGCGGAUCAUCACGUUGGUCAUGCCGGAGCUAGGUGUCGUGGUUGGGAAACCUCCCAACAAAACGGGUAAGAGGAUGAAAGAUGUGGGCCGUUUCACAAUGAUUGAACAAGGCAAGGCACCGCCCAUUACAUCUCUACGGGAUUUGUCGCACAAGGAAAAGUUUUAUGCGGCCAUGGAUGCAUGGGCGACCCUACAGGCCUACAAACGGUUGGUGGGGAGUGAAGAAUGA